AUGGGAGCUAGUGGAAGUGGUAAAUCGACAGUGGUCGCAUUGUUGCAACGUUUCUAUGAUCCAACAGAAGGAGUUGUGAGGAUCGAUGGGUUUGACAUAAAGACUCUUCAGUUAAAAUGGAUGAGAGAACAAAUUGGUGUUGUGAGUCAAGACCAUGCUUUGUUUGGGACCUCUAUAAAGGAAAAUAUUAUGUUUGGGAAAGAUAAUGCAUCAAUGGAUGAAGUAAUUUCAGCUGCAAAGGCUGCUAAUGCUGAUGAGUUUAUUACACAACUCCCAGAUGGUUAUGAGACACAGAUAGGUGAUCGUGGGGGACUUUUAUCAGGAGGUCAAAAGCAACGGAUUGCAAUUGCACGUGCCAUUAUUAGAAAUCCUGUGAUAUUACUUUUAGAUGAAGCAACAAGUGCACUAGAUGCAGAAUCUGAAACAUUGAUUCAAGUUUCACUUGAUCAAGUAGCCGCGGGACGAACCACACUGGUGGUUGCGCAUAAGCUUACAACAGUUAGAGGAGCAGAUCUCAUUGCUGUGUUAGAAAAUGGUUCCGUUAAAGAAAUGGGUUCUCAUGAAGACUUGAUGACCAAGAACAACCAUUAUGCAAAACUCAUCAACAUUCAAAGACAAUCCAGCAGCCAAGAACAUCGACAAGAUCUUCAAGAUGGUGUCAAAACUCCUGAGGGAAGACAAUAUUGGUCUACCAAAAACAGUUUCAACAGGCUAAGCAUUAGGUCUACCCCUGAUCUCAUUGCUUCUCCUCUCCACUUUGAAAGCAUUCUCGCAGUAGCACCUGAUGAAAAUCUCUCUUCCACUUCUUUCACUCGACUUCUUCCAUUGGUCUCCCCUGAGUGGAAGUCAUCUCUCCUCGGCUGCAUCUCAGCUGCAACAUUUGGUGCAAUCCAACCCAUUUACGCCUUAAACAUAGGCGGUAUGAUCUCCGCCUUUUUCGCCACAAGCUCACAGCAAAUGCAAGACAGGAUUCGGAUAUACUCCUUAAUCUUUAUCUCCCUCACCUUUAUCUCCAUGAUUCUUAAUCUCAUUCAGCAUUACAGCUUUGCCAAGAUGGGUGAAAGACUAAUGCAAAGACUUCGUUUGAGAAUGCUUGAAAAGAUAUUCACCUUUGAACCGGCCUGGUUUGAUAUGGAAGAAAACUCUAGCGGUGAGCUUUGUUCAAGGCUUAGUAAUGAAGCCUCCACAGUGAAGUCCAUAGUAUCAGACAGAAUCUCCUUGCUUGUCCAGACCAUUUCAGGUGUCCUAAUCGCCAUGGUUAUCGGUCUACUAGUUGCUUGGAAACUCGCGUUGGUCAUGAUAGCUGUGCAGCCUCUCUCUGUCCUUUGCUUCUACACAAAGAAAGUUCUGCUCACCAGCAUUUCACGUAACUACUCCUAUGCGCAGAACCGUAGCUCAAACAUUGCAUCAGAAGCUGUUUACAACCACAAGACUGUUACAUCUUUAGGGUCUACCAAGAAGAUUAUUGAGAUAUUUGAUAAGGCUCAAGAUGAGGCUAGAAGAAAAGGUAAGAAGGCAGCAUGGCUUGCAGGGUUUGGGAUGGGAUCGGCGCAGUGCCUAACGUUCAUGACAUGGGCGUUAGAUUUUUGGUAUGGAGGAGUGUUGGUUCAAAAGGGAGAGAUCUCUGCUGGAGAUGUGUUCAAGACGUUCUUUGUUUUGGUUAGUACUGGUAAGGUUAUUGCGGAAGCAGGAAGCAUGACUUCUGAUCUUGCUAAGGGCUCAGCAGCCAUUUCUUCUGUCUUCAAAAUCCUUGACCGUCCUUCAUCUCAAGACAAUACAAACCAUGGAGCAAAGAUUGAUGCAAUAACCGGUAGAAUAGAGCUAAAGAAUAUUGAUUUCUAUUAUCCAAACCGGCCUAGUAUUCCAGUGCUUCAACAGUUUUCCUUAGACAUCAAGCCUGGGACAAGCAUUGGAUUGGUCGGUACAUCAGGGUGCGGAAAGUCAACAGUGAUCGCUUUGAUCCAACGGUUCUAUGACGUGGAGAAGGGUUGUGUGAAAAUAGACGGCGUAGAUUUGAGAGAAAUAGAUAUAAAAUGGUAUAGAAAACAUACUGCACUAGUGAGCCAAGAGCCAGUGGUUUAUUCAGGAAGUAUCCGAGAGAAUAUUUUGCUUGGACGGCCAGAAGCGGCUGAGGAUGAGGUUGUGGAGGCUGCUAAAGCCGCCAAUGCUCAUGAUUUCAUCUCGGCAAUGGAGAAUGGAUAUGAAACGGAGUGUGGAGAAAGAGGAGUGCAACUAUCAGGUGGUCAAAAACAGAGGCUAGCUAUCGCUAGAGCCUUUCUUAGAAACCCUGUGAUACUUCUACUUGACGAGGUUACGAGUUCCCUAGACUCUGACUCGGAGCAGGCUGUUCAGGAGGCUCUGGCUCAGAUCAUGGCUAGCCGGAAGAUGACAACUGUAGUUGUGGCUCACCGCCUCAACACCCUAAAGAAACUGGACCGCAUAGCGGUAAUCGCCGAUGGAACCGUAGUGGAAACAGGGAGUUACGACCGCUUGAAGAACAUGGGAGGCCAGUUCUCUAGACUUCUCCAUGCUCAUGAUCUCAAAUCUUGA